AUGGCGACCGCUGCAGCCAAUUCCGCAGCUCACCAUGUCAACCUGGCAUCAUUACCACCUCUGCCACGAAUAAGACCUCCUCGACUACUUAAAGGAGAUCCUCACCCUAAUAAUAACCCGCGCCCACAUAAUCAAUCUUCAGCGUCGAAUAGAAUCUGGGUUCAAGGAAAAUGGCGGCACCCUACCUCCAAUGCCGCCGAACAACAUCGCGAGGUGCAGUAUCGCCGAGUCUCCAAAGCGCUCCGGCAUAGAUCACAUGGACUAGACAUAUAUGCCUACCGACAUGUGCGAACUAACCAGGUGGUCUAUAGCCUGUCAAGGUCGUUACAGAAUACCCAAGUCCUCAAACAACUGCUGUUCCAUGGCAAGAAGACUGUCCCCGAGGCUGUGCGUCGAGAUAUGUGGACCCCCUACUUUUCGGUACAUUUCCCCGACAACCUCGCAGGAGCCUCCACAGGCCUAGAGGCUUUCAAGAGCCUACGUGAGCUUUCAACACAACGACAGUUGUCACCUACUAAGGCUCUGCUUACUGCCACUGAAGAAGAUGUCGAAAUUGCAAGGUCCAAAUUGGGUGGACCUCUUGAAAUCUACCGGUUGGAACAAUCAGACAAUUGGCAAGACAAGAGGAAACUCGAAUUAAAAUUACCGAAAGCGGGGGAAUUACUGCCCAAGAAAUUACGAGCCAGACGGCUGAUGGAUCAGAAGGCGACAAGUGUCGCAGAUGUCGCGUUCGUCCUUGAUCGCAUCAGCUCGGGCCCUGGCCCCUUGGAGAAGAUGAUCGCCAUGGAAAUCGAUCGGGUCGCGCGCCACAAGGAACAAUCGAGGCGGGGGCGUGCAAGAUUGAACGCUGCAGCAAGGAGACUUACGGCGAAAGAAACUAAGAUGGGAGAGGUUGCCCAACUAGUUUUGGCUGGAAAACACGACCCUGACUCCGAUGCAAGAUUCAGUUUUGUGCAGAUAGACAGACUGGGCUUGGAGCAUCAGCUUUCUAGGUCACCUGAGAACUCUCGUGGUUUCAUAAAUGACGGUCGAGGCGAAUCGCUUUCCAGAGCAACAGAGCUAUGGCAGUCACUCAAUCCUAUCAAUCCAGCGCUAGUUGACGUCGAGGAGUAUAAAGAGCGGAGGGCUGUGUCACAAGCGGCGGAGCAUGAGGCUUUGAAGGCAUGGCAUUCAUCGGAACAUCAGUCGUCGAGUGCUUCUACUGCCUCAAUGUGGACUUUUGUUAAGGAGAAGAGACAAGCUGCGUUGGACAGCUUUGAUGAGAGCUACCUAGAGCGAAAGAAGAGUGCCGCUCUUGCUCGAGCUGCGGCUGAAGCCGCAACAGAACACGAAGAACUUCAGACGGCCGGGACUGGUACUUCUCCUGCAUCCCUUGAGGAUCUGGUUUCGAGUAAACAGGCAGCAGCCCUCGAGAAUUUCGAAAAGCGGGAGGUAGAGAGACGCGAAAAUCUUAACCGCGCCAUCAAAGAAGCUACAUCCAAGCUACUCAGUGGCACACUUGCAAGACAAGGUGGGGUUGAGCAGUCAAGUACAAAGGCCGAUAGUGAAUUAUCUCCGGCGGAAUCCCCUUGGUCCAACACCUGGGACAUCAAAAUGUACUGGGCCGACUUGAAUGAUGGCACUUUUGCCAAAAGCUGGCCACAGACGGUGAUUCACGACCUUCUCGAGCCGUAUGCGGUUACCAAAGGAAGCAACGGACUCGUCUCCAACAAAAGCGUCCACGUCAUCGGACGCGGUCUCCACGAUGGCUGGGUGCCUCAAGAACAGCUGACAGAUCCCCAGCGCCCGGCUCCGAAAUCGAAGUGGGAGGCACCUGAGGUCGAAGUUGAAGAGGAAUCCGCGGGAAUGGGCCGAGGACAUCGUCCAAUCCAGCUUGGGCUCGACAGGUCGCCAGUCGAGCAGCCUCCGCCAGCGGUAACCGGGAUUUUCGCUCGUCUACGCCAGUCCAUCUUGGGCCGGUAG